AAUCGACGGAUACUGUUGUGAAGAAGAGCUUGAAGCCUGGCAUCAUGGCCCGCGCACGGCUCUGCAACAGCAAUGGCUGGUUUGCGCCGUCGCAGGCUCACUAUAGGCUUGGCCGCGUCGAGAUCUGGCUCUGUCAGCUCCGGCUCUGGCAGCUCCGGCUCCGGCAGUAACAUGCGUCGGGAUCUAACUGGUUUCUGGGAUCUACCUGGUUUCUGGGAUCUACCUGGCUCUGUGGUUUACAAUCUCUUGGGCUUUCGCCUCUAACGAGCUAGCCACGAUGCGAGUUUCAUUUUUGUUCUGGUUUUUUGAACUCUUGUGGUUUAUGUUCUAUUUUUUCGAACUCAUGGUUUUUGUUCUGUUUUUUCAAACUCUGGUGGUUAAUUUUUGGUCCUGAUGUUGCUAUUUUUUUUUUGUCUUGAUGGAACUAGAACUAGAAUUUUUGGUUCUCUUUAAACUAGUGCUCGCUGGUUUCUGUGUUGAUUUCGCCGGCAUUUAGGUUUUGGUUUGCUGCAUAUCGAGUCUCCGGUGAUUCGGUACUGUUUCUUUUUGAUUUAUUUGCAUCCAUGUGAGUUGACUUGGUUUGAUGAAAUUCGAAUAUGUAUCUGAGGUUUUUUUUAGACUGUGAUUUAAUUUCUCUUUGUUGCGUUUCAAUGGUGUCAGAGGAGUCAUUUGGGUUUGAGAAAAACUCAGAUCUGGGUUUGAUUUGGAGAGGAAGAGGAAGGGACAAGAGAGAGAGAAAGUGAAAGAGGAAGAAGAGAUGACAUGGAAGUUUUAUUGUUAGAUUGUGAUUUAGUUUCUCUUUUGUUGCGUUAUAGUGGUAUCGAAGGAGUUAUCUGAGUUUAAGAAAAACCCAGAUCUGGG